AUGGCUCCCAUCCACGUUGGUGCUCUGCUCUUCGAUUACCAGACGAUCGACGUUAUUGGACCAUGCGAUCUACUCAACUCCGCGAGUAAGAUGCUUACGGAGGGUAUCAAUCUCUACACCCCCGUGGAUCCGAAAGUUCUAGCAAAGGCGCCCGAAUUUGUCUUCCACCAUAUCGGAGAGACCCUGGAGCCGGUGCGCCUACUUACAAGCUUUGUAACAAUGGUGCCUACGGUUGCUGUGGAUGACGUCCCCGAGCUGGAUAUCCUCAUCGUUGGUGGGGAUAGCCCUGCGAAGACGAAUCUUCCUCCGAAAUUGCAGGACCUGAUUCGCCGCCAUGCUGCCUCUGGAAAGCUACUUUUCACGACCUGCACCGGCGCCGCGGUUGUUGCAGCCACUGGUGUUCUAGAUGGCAGGAGGGCCACAGUCAAUAACCUCGAGUACAAUUGGCUUAAGAAGAAAUACCCGAAUGUCAAGUGGACAAAGGAGAAGAAGUGGAUUAUUGACGGCAAUAUUUGGACUGGGAGUGGAGCUGUGGCCGGGAUGGAUAUGGUUGCCCACUGGAUCAAAGAGACUUUUGGGCUGGACACUCUUAUACACGCGGCAUUGUCGCUUGAUUAUGAACCACGGGAUGUCGAUGGACUUUUCAAUGUGCUGCCCCAGCGAUACGAUUCGACCGGAAAUAAGAUUUCCACCCAUGUCUUUCCCGACGAGAUCUGA